AUAUGAUUGCUGUUCAGCUAUUCAGUCAUUUGGUUAAAGUGUUGCGAUACGGUUCUCAGUAGUUCUGCUAUUUCGCGUAGAAUUAACAUUUAAAGUAUCCCAACAUGGAUGAAAUUAAGGGAUUCUUCAGACAAGCCGGCAAGGAGUUUCUAAGUGCCGCCGGCGAUGCUGCCGUUGGUGCGGCCAAAGAAGUCUUGGGCACAGCGAUCAAUGAAAUUUUCAUCAAGAAAGAGGCCGAAACUAAAAGAGUACUACCCAGUAUUAAGAAUAUGAGAGUGAUACCCCAACAAAGACAAUUGCUUGGCGAAACACAAGCUGGACACUAUAGACCUCGCCAAGACACACAGAAUUUCGAUGUUAUAAGACAACAAUGUUUAGCUAGUGGAUCGCUGUUUGAAGAUCCCCUGUUUCCAGCAAGCAAUGAAUCUCUAAUGUUUUCCAGACGUCCUGAUCGUUACAUCAACUGGCUGAGACCUCACGAAAUCUGUGAUGAUCCUCAAUUCUUUGUGGAGGGUUAUUCCCGUUUCGAUGUUCAGCAAGGUGAAUUGGGCGAUUGUUGGCUUUUAGCUGCCGCUGCGAAUCUCACACAAGAUGCGAGUCUCUUUUUCCGCGUUGUGCCACCCGAUCAAAGUUUUGAGGAAAACUAUGCUGGAGUUUUCCAUUUCCAGUUCUGGCAAUAUGGCAACUGGAUAGAUGUUGUUAUCGAUGAUCGUCUUCCCACACACAAUGGUGAACUGAUGUAUAUGCAUUCAGCCGAAAGAAAUGAAUUCUGGAGUGCCUUAUUGGAAAAAGCUUAUGCCAAAUUGCAUGGUUCCUAUGAAGCCCUGAAGGGCGGUUCUACUUGUGAGGCCAUGGAAGAUUUUACGGGUGGUGUUACAGAAUGGUAUGAUUUAAAAGAGGCUCCACAUAAUCUCUUCAAUAUACUUGCCAAAGCAGCCGAACGUAAUUCCAUGAUGGGUUGUUCCUUGGAGGCAGAUCCCAAUGUUUUGGAGGCUGAAACGCCCGAAGGUUUGAUACGUGGUCACGCCUAUUCCAUAACAAAAGUUUGUAUGAUUGAUAUUAUAACGCCAAAUCGUCAGGGUAAACUUCCCAUGAUUCGCUUGCGUAAUCCCUGGGGCAAUGAGGCCGAAUGGAAUGGCCCUUGGAGUGAUAGCUCGCCAGAAUGGCGCUACAUACCCGAUGAACAAAAACAUGAAAUUGGUUUGAAUUUCGAUCGUGAUGGUGAAUUUUGGAUGUCCUUCCAGGAUUUCCUCAACUAUUUCGAAAGAGUUGAAAUUUGCAAUUUAUCUCCGGAUUCUCUAACCGAAAGCCAACAAAAUGAUGGCAAACGUAAAUGGGAAAUGUCCAUGUUCGAGGGUGAAUGGACACCAGGUGCUACCGCCGGUGGUUGUCGUAACUUUUUGGAUACCUUCUGGCAUAAUCCUCAGUAUGUUAUGACUCUAGAGGAUCCCGAUGAGGAAGAUGACGAAGGCAAAUGUACCGUAAUUGUAGCCCUUAUGCAAAAGAAUCGUCGUUCAAAACGUAAUCUGGGCAUGGAAUGUCUAACCAUUGGUUUUGCCAUCUAUCAUCUCAAUGAUCGAGAGUUUAAUGUACGUCCCCAGGGUUUAAGCUUCUUUAAGUAUCGCUCUUCAGUUGCCAGAUCGCCCCAUUUUAUUAAUACACGUGAGGUUACAGCACGCUUCCAAUUACCUCCUGGACACUAUUUGAUCGUCCCCUCCACAUUCGACCCCAAUGAAGAGGGCGAAUUCAUUAUCCGUGUCUUCUCUGAGACCCAGAAUAACAUGGAAGAAAACGAUGAUCAUGUGGGCUAUGGAUCAACUGAUGAUGAUAAUAACAGACCUGGCGGACUUUAUCCCAGUAUGCCAAUGCCACCAAGUCCUGUGGCCCCUGCCGUGGAUCCCCAGAAAGAAGCUUUGCAGCGCCUUUUCCGAAGUGUUGCAGGUGCCGAUAUGGAAGUCGAUUGGAUGGAAUUGAAACGUAUUCUGGAUCACUCUUUGAGGGAUGAUUUGCCAAUUGCGUCAAAUUUCAAUACCGCUCAAAAUGUAAAAGAAAACUUUGCCCCACUGUCCAGGGAGAAUGGUGAAGUGCCAAAUACUGCCACCAAUGAUAUGUUGGACGGUGGCAAUAUUGUCAAUAUGAUCAUCUCCUUGUUGUGUGGCCUCUGUAAUAAAGAGAACAGUGGUGGCCAAGAAAUGUAUGGACUAGAUGAUCAGAACAAUACCACGCAACGACUGGUAGAUCCCAACCGCAAUGAUGACUUCAAUAAUCCGGUGAUGACUGCCACACCAGAUGGUUUCUCCAAAGACAUAUGCCGUUCCAUGGUAGCCAUGUUGGAUGUCGACAAAUCCGGCAAACUGGGCUUUGAGGAAUUUGAGGCUCUGCUAACGGACAUUGCCAAAUGGAAGGCGGUCUUCAAGAUGUAUGAUGUCCAUCAAACAGGACGCAUUGAUGGCUUCCAAUUGCGCACAGCUCUUAAUUCGGCCGGCUAUCAUUUGAAUAAUCGUAUCUUGAAUGCCCUUGUACAUCGUUAUGGUUCUAGGGAUGGUAAAAUUGCAUUUGAUGACUUUUUGAUGUGCGCCGUGAAAAUUAAAACGUUUAUAGAUAUCUUUAAGGAAAAGGAUACCGAGCAUACUGAAACGGCCACAUUCACACUGGAUGAAUGGAUUGAAAGUACAAUUUACUCUUAAUUAUUAUAUUUUUUGUAAUAUUAGCUGCAACAAAAAAAGCAUAACAACUACAACAACUUAUAAAAGUCCACUAAUGAACAAUUAAAA